AUACCACCAAAUUCAGUUUUCUUUAACGCGCAGAGAAAACUGCAAAAGAAAUUGCAGAGAGAGAGGGAAGAGAGACGUGAAAUCCAAAAGACUCGAACCUAAUCUUUCAAUUGCUAAAGCUGAUUCCCCGUGACUCUCUAACGGGAAUCGGUGGAUCAUUAUCAUCGCCAUUGCCUUUUCUUGAAAUUUUUUAUUGCAUGUUCUUGAUCUCAUUCUCUAUACGAAUUUUGGUGUCUGUUCGGAGAACUGGAAAAUGAUAUAGAAGCUAAGUGUCGAAUUGGAUAUUCCAUAUGAGACAUUGAGGAGGUUUUGGAGAACUGAGAAUCGGAGAGGAGGCGGGGUUUUGAUUUUGUUUUUCGGUUGAGAAAUUUGGGAGAUGGCUGUUGGGUCCCAAAGUGAGUUGAAGAUGGAGGGAUGGUUGCAUAUCAUCCGCUCCAAUCGGAUUGGGUUGCAGUACUCGAGGAAAAGAUAUUUUGUUCUUGAAGAUCAUCUUCUCAGGAGUUUCAAGUCGAUUCCCGAUUCGAAGGUUGAGGAUCCUGGUAGAAGUACAGUUAUAGAUUCCUGCAUUCGGGUCACAGACAAUGGGAGAGAGAGCAUACAUAGAAAAGUAUUCUUUAUAUUUACACUCUAUAACAGUUCCAAUCAUAGUGAUCAACUUAAGCUAGGAGCAAGCAGUCCCGAGGAAGCGGCUAGAUGGAUUCAUUCAUUUAAGGAGGCAGCUUUAAAGGGUGGUCCAUUACCGGGAGGUAAUGCUGUUGGUUGUUCAAGGAGCAGAUGGGAAUCCCUAAGACUGAGCAGUUCUACUCGGGGAAACUACUGUAAUUCACUUGACUGGACUCUUCAUUCAUCCACACAGAUAGACACGAUAACAUCUGAUGUUAUUGCACCUUCUCCUUGGACAAUCUUUGGUUGUCAAAAUGGUCUACGGCUGUUUAAAGAAGCAAAAGAUAGGGAUUCUCGCGGGAAGUGGGCUGAUCAUCCUGCAAUCAUGGCAGUAGGGGUGGUUGAUGGAACUUCAGAAGCCAUUUUUCAAACACUUAUGUCUCUUGGACCUUCAAGAUCAGGAUGGGACUUCUGUUUCUACAAGGGCAGCGUGGUUGAACACCUGGAUGGUCAUACUGAUAUAAUCCACAAGCAGUUAUACCGCGACUGGUUACCUUGGGGAAUGAAACGGAGAGAUCUUUUGUUGCGCCGUUAUUGGAGAAGGGAAGAUGAUGGAACAUAUGUUAUUCUUUAUCAUUCUGUGUUUCACAAGAAGUGUCCGCCACAAAAAGGCUAUGUUCGUGCGUGCCUUAAAAGUGGGGGAUAUGUUGUCUCUCCUGUUAAGCAAGGAAAACAAUCAGUUGUAAAGCACAUGCUUGCUAUUGAUUGGAAAUAUUGGAAAUCUUAUCUCCGAACAUCUUCUGCCCGACCUAUAACUAUAAGAAUGCUUGGAAGAGUUGCUGCACUACGAGAAUUAUUUAGGGCAAAACAAGGAGGUUAUUCUUCCUCUGAUCCUUCUUCAGGGGAGUUACCAAGAAAUAUUAGAUUGCAUCAUGGAGAAGAGAAUAGCACGGUUGAUGUUGGAACAUUGGUAGAGGGUGCAAAGACUAGGGAAAAUGUAAGUGAAGAAACAGACAUGAUACCUUCAGAACGUUCAAGCCUUGUUGGUCUGAAUGAUGCUGCUGAUGAAUUCUUUGAUGUCCCUGAACCAUCAGACAAUGAUCAGUCAGAUGAUAGUUGGACAUCUGAUUUUGGUUCAGAGACGUACUCUCAGGAUAUUCGUCAUCCAAAGCUUUCUGCUGCUGGUUUUGUGAAAAAAUUGCAUGAUCUUGCAGUUCAGAAGAGAGGUUAUGUUGACCUGCAAGAUAUGACUAGAGAAGAGAAUAUUCCAUGCUGCUAUGGAGCCACUCUUGCAAAAGAUCCGACUUGUACUUUGCCUUGCAGUUGGACAGCGUCAGAUCCUUCUACCUUUCUAAUUCGGGGAAAGAAAUAUCUUGAAGAUCGUAAAAAGAUUAAGGCAAAGGGCACCUUGAUGCAAAUGGUUGCUGCAGACUGGCUAAAAUCUGACAAGCGAGAAGAUGAUCUUGGAGGGCGUCCUGGGGGGAUUGUUCAGAAAUAUGCAGUGCAAGGUGGGCCAGAAUUCUUCUUCAUUGUAAACAUACAGGUCCCUGGUUUGACAACAUAUAGCCUAGCACUUUAUUAUAUGAUGAAUACUCCUCUGGAAGAUUCACCUUUGCUAGAGAGCUUUGUGAACGGGGAUGAUGCUUAUAGAAAUUCAAGGUUUAAGCUCAUUCCAUACAUAUCCAAGGGUUCAUGGAUAGUUAAGCAGAGUGUGGGAAAGAAAGCUUGUCUGAUUGGUCAAGCGUUGGAAAUUAAUUAUUUCCGUGGGAAGAACUAUUUGGAGCUUGGUAUCGACAUUGGAUCAUCAACAGUUGCUAGAGGAGUAGUCAGUCUCGUUCUUGGUUAUCUCAACAAUCUUGUUAUUGAAAUGGCAUUUUUGGUACAGGCAAAUACUGAGGAGGAGCUCCCAGAGUAUCUUCUUGGUACCUGUCGCCUGAACCAUCUUGAUGCUGCCAAAUCAAUUACAGUGAAGGCAUGAUUUAUAUUUCAGAUCUAAUGUUUAUUUAUUUCAUCACGAAGGCUUGAUCGAUUCAAAGCCGUGAUCUUAGGAAGUAGGAAGUGUUUGAGGCCACUCUGCCAUCUAACUUGAGAAAAGGUCAAUUCUUUCAUUCAAUCAAAAAUUGAACUAGGUAGCAGUUUGUGAUUGCCAUUAGAGGGAAUACUUGUACAGACUGUAAGUUGAAAAUGGAUUUUCAUUUCUCAUUCAAUGUUAAAGCGGACUCUCUCAGAAAUUUGAAAACUUUCGAUGAGUUUGAUGAUAAUACAUUUACGCAAUCUACACCAAGAUGAUUGAAAUA